GUGUCCAAAUGAUCGCCCAUCACUGAAGUGAACAAACAACGUGGAACACUGCCGAGUGCUUCAUUAUUUUCAUUAAUAAAAUCUUUUGCCAUUUUGAUUAAAAAUCACCACCACUCAGAACAAAAAAAAAAACUGAUCUUUUUCCGCCAAGAAAAUUUUCACCAAGGGAGAGAGAGAGAGAGAGAGAGAGAGAGAGAUGGCUUCUAAUCUCUCUUCAGCUACAUCAAGUUUCUCUGUCACACACUACUCUAAGCCUCCUCCGUCAAUGCGUUGUUUGAAUUCGAAGGCAGUUGGAUUGAACAUUACAUCGAGUUUGGAAGAUGAUAACUCCUCAAGUGGUAGUUCUGACCACUCAUUAGAACUUAUCAAGAAAGAGGAGGCGUCUCUUACUAAAAUAUCUCGGCGUCAGUGUGUGAGUUGUUUAUGUUCGACGGUGGCUUUGGUAUUAGGUCCAGUAAUAUCUGAUUCCGAUCCACCUAAGGCAGUUGCUAUACAAACGCCAGGCUGUCGCAACUGUGGGGGAAGUGGUGCUAUCAUAUGUGAUAUGUGUGGUGGUACAGGAAAAUGGAAAGCUCUCAACAGAAAACGUGCUAAAGAUGUUUACGAGUUUACCGAAUGUCCAAAUUGUUAUGGUAGAGGGAAAUUAGUGUGUCCGGUGUGUUUGGGAACAGGUGUACCGAACAACAAAGGUCUUCUUAGGCGACCAGAUGCAAAACAAUUGCUCGACAAAAUGUACAAUGGCCGGUUAUUACCAAAUUCUUAGGUAAAAAGUCUCUUAAGAAUAUUUCAUGAUAAUUGAUAUCAUACUCUAAGGCGUAGAAAGAGACGAGGCGAAAGCUCCAAGGUUACGACAUAUCCGAAAGAAAGAAGCAAAUUUUGCGUGUAUGUAUAUUACUUUGUUUGUUUUGUGUCUAAAAAGGCUACAAUUUUGUCGAGAAUCGUUUACUCGAUUUGCUUAAUGGCCCAUGGAUUGAUGUGUUAUUCUUCUGCUGGAUUAUGGAUUUUAAGCUACUCGAAAGCGCUUUCGGCUAAUUUAAAUGGUUAUAUUACUAAGAUGUAGAUUUUUAUUUCGUCCUGUAAAAUUGAUAACCACUUGUGUACUACAUUUACAAGUUAGUAAUUUGGUCCAUAUGAUUGUAUUUGGCUAUCGGCAGGUCUAAAAUUGGAGAAAUUUGCAUU